AGAACGCAAACGCUAGCGACCGCGCUAGCCAGUUUUGUUCUCCCGUUUGAAAUUUAUCUCGUUUUGUUAUGGCUACAAUGUCCGGAGGCGCUAAUCUCGGGGUUCCCGGGACAAGCCAAGCCAGCUCCGGAAUACUCGCACACCGGAAGAAAGACAGCAGCCCGUCCGCUAGGUUCUGGGAGAGUCCGGAUACUUUAGCCCAGCUGGAUGUGGUGCGGCAGUGGAUGGGGAAGCACUACAAAAAGUAUGUGUUGGUGGAUGCCCCGUCCUGUCAGGCUUUGGCUGCAGUCACCCUACAACUUCUCCAGUUUCAAGAGGAUGCCUUUGGUCGACAAGCUACCAACCCUGCACUUACCAAACUGCCCGCACAAUGCUUCCUGGACUUGCGACCCGGGGGUGGACUCUGUCACAUUCUUGGCACUGCUUACAAAUUCAAAGUCGAACAGGGCUGGCGAAGGUUUGACCUGCAGAAUCCAUCAAGAACUGAGAGGAAUGUGGAGAUGUUUGGUACGAUUGAAAAAGCACUGAUCCAGAACAACUGUAUGUCAGUGCCUGUGGUAUAUCUGGACCCUGCACUGGAUCAGGAGCUGGUUAGCAGACUGACUGGUAUCAUCACCAAACACCAGGGUACCCUCACUGAGGACAAAACGCUUGCCAGUCAUCACAUCUACACCUCACCACCUUCUACAGAGGAGGAUGAGUGGAUGCGUCCUGUCAUGCGGAAAGACAAGCAUGUCUUAGUACAUUGGGGAAUGCACCCUGAUAGUUACGAUAGCUGGCUGUCCUCAGGUGACGUUGAAGGAGAGGUUGAAGAGCUGCCGCAUCCAGAGAGGCCAUGGAGGGUCCAUGCUGGUUGGGUUCUGGAUACGGAUGUUUUCAAUGAAUGGAUGAAUGAGGAAGACUACUGUGUGGAUGAGAGGAAUGUACCGGUCAUCCUCCGUCAGCGUAUUCACCUCCAAGAUGACCAGGACUCAAAGUCCACCCCCUCCAAAAAGAGAAGACGUUCCCCCUCUCCUCCCACCUCUGAAGGCAGGAAGAAAGGAAAGAAGGGGAGAAGGCGUGGACAACAGGAGGAAGAACCCGAAGAGGACCUGACCAAAGACAUGGAAGACCCGACUCCUGUUCCGAACAUGGAGGAGGUCAUACUACCCAAGAAUGUCAAUCUGAAGAAAGACAGUGAAAAUACUCCAGUGAAAGGAGGGACCAUGGCUGACCUAGAUGAACAAGAGGAUGAUUUCCCAGGAAGGGAAGAUGAGGAGGGACGAGGAGAGAACCCACGCCUGUCAGAAGGAGAGGACAAUAUCACAGAACAGACUCAUCAUAUUAUAAUACCAAGUUACACUUCGUGGUUCAAUUACAACAGCAUUCACUCGAUAGAGAAACGUGCACUUCCUGAAUUCUUCAAUGGAAAGAACAAAUCUAAAUCUCCUGAAAUCUACUUGGCGUAUCGUAACUUCAUGAUCGACACGUACCGGCUCAACCCCCAGGAGUACCUCAGUUCAACGUCCUGUAGACGCAACCUCACUGGAGACGUUUGUGCUGUUAUGAGGGUUCAUGCGUUUUUGGAGCAGUGGGGUUUGAUUAACUACCAAGUGGAUGCAGAGAGCAGACCCCUCCCCAUGGGACCGCCACCCACCCCCCAUUUCAACGUGCUGGCUGACACACCAUCUGGGCUGGCCCCCCUGCAACACAAACCCCUACAGGUUUGUGUUUUGCAAAAAUAUGCAAGACACCAGCUCAGCACAGGCAGAUUUGAAACCCAGUUUGUGUCACCUCCUGAUAUACUCUCCCGCUCCCACUCAAUCUUGCAGGUGUCGGCCUCACAGCACAUGUUGUAUUUCCCAGAAAAGAGCAGAGAGAAACCCUCAGACUGCCAGAACUUCGGUCUGCGCACUGACAUCUACGCGAGGAAACACCCCAAGACUAAAGGAGCCAGUGCAGGAAGGGAAUGGGCAGAGCAGGAGACACUCUUGCUCUUGGAGGCCUUAGAGGUUUACAGAGACGACUGGAACAAAGUAUCAGAGCACGUGGGCUCCAGAACGCAGGAUGAAUGUAUCCUCCACUUCCUUCGUCUGCCGAUAGAAGACCCGUACCUGGAAGACUCUUCCGCCUCUCUGGGUCCGCUGGCCUAUCAGCCUGUGCCUUUUAGCCAAUCAGAGAACCCUGUCAUGAGCACUGUGGCCUUCCUGGCGUCUGUGGUGGAUCCACGCGUGGCAUCAGCUGCAGCUAAGGCCGCACUGGAGGAGUUUUCCCGAGUGCAAGAGGAAUCAGUGGACAAAGCCUCUGAAAUGUCCAACCAGCCAGAAAAAACAGAAUCAAUGGAUGCAGAAAAACUGGAGGCAAAUUCCAACCCCCAUCAGGGACCUGUAAGGGCAGAUGGGUUGAAGGUGGAACCAAGUGGGCCAAAAGUGGAGGGAGAACGAGUCAAAAGAGAACAUGCUGAAAACAUACUUGCUGAGGACAGAGAUGGAAGGGGAGAUGACGAUGAGAGCAUCGGCCGGCGGGAGGGAGACGGAGAUGAGGGGGGGAGAGGGAUGGAGAUGGAGCUGGUGGAGGGCAGCGUUGCCACGGCAGCAGCAGCUGCUCUGGCCUCAGCUGCCACAAAGGCCAAGCACUUGGCGGCAGUAGAAGAGAGGAAGAUCAAGUCCCUGGUGGCUCUGCUGGUAGAGACCCAGAUGAAGAAGUUGGAGAUCAAGCUGAGACACUUUGAAGAGCUGGAGACCAUCAUGGACCGCGAGAAAGAGGCUCUGGAGCAGCAGCGGCAACAGCUCUUGUCAGAGAGACAGACUUUUCAUACAGAGCAGCUGAAGCAGGCGGAGAUAAAGGUUCGCCAGCAGAGGGAGCAGCAAGGCCAGCCGGGUUACACAAUGCAGCGUUCAGGCCAGUCCAUGUCCAUGCCAGUUCUAGGAAAUGCCCAAACGAUGGCCCCUCGACACCCUGGAGCUCCCAAUGGCAUGUACCCGUCCUCACAGCCCGACGGCAUAGCAGCAGCUCAGACUGGUCCUCCAUCGUCCAGCCACAGCUGAACUGACCAGAAAACACAACAACAACACAACCACUGGCAUAAAUGUUCAGGAACAAGCGCUUGAAAAAAAAAAAAAAAAUGAAGUCUGUAACUCUUCGGUAGUCGCAAGUUUUUAGAAUGAAAACUUCACAGUCGCAUACAGCCGAUGUGUGUUUGGUCAACAGCUCAGUCCGUCUCAUAUCUGUGAAUUAUUUGUGCUCUGGCGUCAGAGUUGAGAAAUCUGAAGAUUGAACUCGACUCAUUAAAGUUGCUUUUUUAUCAAACAAAA